AAUUUAGAGUUAGUUUAGAGUUAGCUCCCUUUAUUUUUAUAUUGCACAACUUGUUUUCGUCUUCUUAUGAUCUCAACAGAAAAACAAUUCAUCCUACGAUAAACAGUUAUGCAUCAGAAAUAUUCUCAGUUGUUUUAGCUGUGGCUCACAUUCCAUCAUGUUGUGCAGAGGUCUCCAUUCUGUAGUCCAAAAUUUAAAGAACUAUACUUUAAGUAAAUCUUUAAUUUCCAAUGGCAGAAGUCUUCCUUGUCUUUUGAAGACCCCUGCUACUGGUUAUCGUCACUUUGUCACUUCCAGAUCAAGAGAGAAAAAUAGAAUCCUGGUGAAAAAGAGUUUCUGGAGACAGAGGUCUGUUGCUGGAACAGCAGUUGGAAUUGUGGUUUCAUCAAUUUAUUAUAUGUCGCUUGAUGAACCAGACAGACGGAAAAUUAGGGUGUCGUUAGGUGCCUUUCAACGCCUCCUUAGAUCUAUUUACGUUGGGGCCCAAAUAUCUUUUCUAUAUACUUGGAGAUUGUAUGGGUUAGAUCCAGACAGUGAUGAAUACAGAGAAGCCAUGAAAUAUUGCCAUCAAAAAGCAGCAGAAUGUCUUAAAGAUGGUUGCUUGCAGAAUGGUGGCGUCUAUGUGAAACUUGGUCAAGGUCUGGUAUCGUUGAACCAUCUGUUACCCACUGAAUAUAUCACUGUAUUAAGUUCCCUUCAGGAUAGAGCAUUGUACAGAGGUGUUAAUGAGAUCGAGCAAUUAUUUAAAGAAGAUUUUAAUGCAAGUCCUUACACCAUGUUCAAAUAUUUUGAAAAGACACCUAUUGCAGCUGCCAGUUUGGCUCAAGUACACAAAGCCAUAACACACUCAGGGGAAGAAGUUGCAGUUAAGAUCCAAUAUAUUGAUCUUCAUGAUCGAUUUUUUGGGGACAUUCUGACUUGUGAAAUCAUAUUAAAGUUGAUUGAAUGGGUUCAUCCAAAUUUUGGCUUUGGAUGGGUAUUACAGGAGUUGAAAUCUACUUUGGCUGAAGAACUUGACUUCAUAAAUGAAGCUCGGAAUGGUGAAAAAUGUGCUGAAGAUCUCAAACAUCUAAAGUAUGUGCAUGUACCAGUGAUUGAUUGGAGUUCAACCAGCAAGAGAGUUCUAACUACAGAGUUCAUUGAUGGAUGUAAGAUAACUGAUAUUGAAAGAAUACAAGAAAUGGGACUUUUUCCAAAGGAUAUCAAUCGAAAGCUCAUUAACUGCUUCUCCGAUCAGAUAUUCCGCAGUGGUUUUGUGCAUGGGGAUCCUCAUCCAGGAAACGUGUUUGUUCGGAAAGGGAAGAAAGGACAGGGAGAACUUGUAAUUCUGGAUCAUGGUCUCUAUAAUCAGUUAAAAGAGGAUGAACGUCUUGCACUUUGUGGGAUUUUCAAGGCCAUAGUGUUAAAGGAUGAAGCUGGCAUGCAAGAGUAUUCCAGACUUUUGGGAGUCUCAAAUCAUGCUGUAUUCUGUGAGAUUCUUGUUCAAAGGCCUGUUGUGAGAAAUUCCAUUCGCCUUCCAAGCAGGAUGACCCCAGAAGACAUAGAUGAAAUGAAAACAAAUGUUGUCCAUCAUUUUGAUGAGAUUAUGCAAGUCUUGAAAGAAAUGCCAUGUACCUUAAUCUUAGUCAUCAGAAACUUAAACACUAUUCGUGCUAUUACAAGAAAUCUUGGUGACAAAGUUGACCGAUACACAAUAAUGGUCCAAAGGUCUGUGUCUGCAAUCUGUGAUACAAAUGAACAUACUCUCCUAACCAAGAUCAAAUCAACAUUUCAGCUCUUCAUGUUCGAAUUAUUUAUAAGCAUUGAAAACCUCAAACUUUGGUUUGCAUUCACAUAUCUCCGAUUCCUCUACUUUCUGGGAUUGCAUCCAGAAUAUCAGGAACUUACAGAACUUAUUAAUACUCAAAGAAAAAGAUACGAAAACCUCUGAAACUCCAACAAACAUCCAAGCCUCCAAUUCUUGGACACAUUCUAAAAUUAAGGAUGUAUUUAGAACAACUCAUUAAAUUUUGUGUAAAAAAUGAAGAAAAAGAAAAAAAGGAAAUAUGACUCUUUUUCCUGUCAUAGCUUCAUAUUUGUAGCUUUUUUUACAUGUCCGAUAUUGUUGCUUUAACAUGAUGUCAUGUACUUCUGGAUACCAUCAUCAUUGUUGUCAUUUUAAAUCCUUUUGUUACCAUAUUUCUAUUGAAAUACGCUGCCUUUGUUUCAAUUAAUUUUGAAAACGACGAAGUAACUUUGUAAUUAUUAACCUGUUGUUUGGAACAGGAAAUUUUGAAAGGUUUUAAUUCAGAUUACUUUAAACAUGAAGCUUGUAUCAUAGAAGCAGAAGAGAUCUCAAGCGGGUUGGUAUCAAGAGAGUUCAUGUCUACUUUUCCAUGUUUCAUUGAAGCAGAUUUUCUAUGGUAGGAUGCCCUUCCUGUUACCAAUCUUCACUGUAUUUCUCCAUGGUCAGACACGUUUUCACAGAAGAUUGGAAACAAAGGACACCACUCGUUUCACAACUGUUGGACGAUGUUAAGACAAAAACACCCACAUAUAUCAUCAUUGUUUUAACAUCCACUUUAUCAUGCUUGCAACAACCAGAUGGCAUUUAUCGAGGUAGAUUUUCUAUGGUUGGGUGUCCUUCCUGUCAUCAACCUUUACCUGUUUCCAAGCAAAAUAUUUCUCCACGGCCAGACAUGUUUUUGCAGAAUAUUAGAAACGAAUGACACUGCUUGUAAUGACAAUGACACUGAUUUAUAACAAUCACCUGGUGUCAAGACAAGGAAUUACAAACAUACAUAUUUGAUGGGUAUAGAGAAAUCUGUGCUUCUCCUGUUGUUUCAGCUUUUAAAAUAUUCAUUUCAAACACAUAUUAAAGCAGUGGUUCUCAACUGGGGUCAAUAUAAGAUUUUAUUGUUAAAACUAAAGUACAAUAAAAUUGGUUAUACGUCUACCAUUCAAAAAAAAAAAAAAAAAAAAAAAAAAAAUCAAUUUUUUAAAUACAAUUCCUAAUACUCUCUUUACUCUUUUACUUGUUUCAGUCAUUUGACUGUGGCCAUGCUGGAGCACCGCCUUUAGUCGAGCAAAUCGACCCCAGGACUUAUUCUUUGUAAGCCUAGUACUUAUUCUAUCAGUCACUUUAGCCAAACCGCUAAGUUACGGAGACGUAAACACACCAGCAUCGGUUGUCAAGCGAUGUUGGGGGGACAAACACAGACACACAAACACAUAUAUAUAUAUAUAUAUAUAUAUACACAUACAUACAUAUAUACGACGGGCUUUCAGUUUCCGUCUAUCAAAUCCACUCACAAGGCUUUGGUCGGCCCGAGGCUAUAGUAGAAGACACUUGCCCAAGGUGCCACGCAGUGGAACUGAACCCGGAACCAUGUGGUUGGUAUGCAAGCUACUUACCACACAGCCACUUCUACGCCUAUUCAAUGAUAAAAAUAUAACGGAUGUUUUUUAAACAUUGAAUGGCUAUGGGGUUCCAGUAGCAUAAAAUAGGAAACAAAGGGGUCCAUAGGCAAAAAAUGGUUGAGAUCCACUGCAUUUUCCUUUUUUUGUCUGAGAAAAUACUCAUUGGCUAUCUGCAUCAAAUUUCAUAUUUAUUUAGAUGUGCCAGUGCCGCGUGACUGGGUCCUAUGCUGGUGGCACAUACAAAGCACCAUUCAAGCAUGGUCGAUGCCAGUACUGCCUGACUGGCCCUCAUGCCAGUGGCACGUAAAAAGCACCCACUACACUCUUGGAGUGGUUGGCAUUAGGAAGGGCAUCCGGCUUUAGAAACCUUGCCAGAUCAGAUUGGAACCUGGUGUAGCCUUCUGGCUUGCCAGUCCUCAGUUAAACCGUCCAACCCAUGACGACGAUGAUGUUGUACCUUGUGUAUUUAUAUAAAUUUUUUAUGAGGGAAUGGUUGAUAGUAACUUCUACAUGUUUCUUUGCUAGUUGCAAACUGGUUUUGCUGCCAUUUGCUUGAAGUCUAUCAGGAAAGUAUGCCUUGACAUGUAUGAUUUUUGUAAACAAAAGCCUUGUUCAAAGGAUGUCAUUUGUGUCCUGUUCUCCUAAACAUGUCUAGAUACUUUGCUAUUCAGUAGACUGAGAUUAUUAUCACAUUUGCAAACAAGCGAUGGGUUGGUGACAGCAAGAGCAUCCAGCUGUAGAUAAUCUGUCCCCACAUAAUCUCAUGAAAAAGUAGAUGUUAAAAUGUUGUUGUUGUUGAUGGUAAGCUAAUGAAAAAUACAAAAUUUUGUUUUUACUUCUGUGUGUAAAUAUGAAAUGCACACACACAUACACAUAUAUCUUUUUUAUACAAAUGCAAUAUUAUUUAUAUAUGUGUAUUGAAGUAUAUUUUGAUAAAAAACGUUCUUGUAAGAUAACCUUUAUUUAUAAUUCCACUUACAUGCAACUCUAAAACUAGAUAUUUAUAAAUAAAGUGAAACAUAGCUUAUGUGGUAAUAUAUUGUG